UCGGGGCUGGUGCAGGGCAGAGGGGGAGUUCUGCUGGGUCACCAAAAUACACAGGAGCUGCAACUAACCAGAACCUCAGCAGACCUGCGCAACUUUUUUUUCCCCCUGUAACAAGCACAGUGUUGUUUUGUUUGGUUAUUUUGUUUUGUUUUUAAAUUCUGCUACUCUACUUUUUUUUUUCUUUUUUUUUUUUUUUUGAGUUGAUUCCGGUCGCUUUGCAAAGAUGACCACAGCCGUGGUGUCGCCUUUCUUCGACUUCGAAGUAAUGAACAAGAACAACAAACUGCUCAGCUACAACAGCAACCUGGGUGCUCCCCAUCCCAUGUCUGUCCCUUGCACUGGCACCAAUGUGCCCCUCUCCAGCCCCGCCGGAGCCCUGCUGGACAGGAAGGCGGUGGGAUCUCCCUCAGUGGGAGGCGUGUACCAGCGGCGGCACUCUGUCAGCAGCACAAAGUUCAGCCAGAACCAGUUUCUGAACAGCCUGAAGGCAGCGGACCACUCCUCACUCAUCUCAGGGGUUGGCAAUGCCAGCAACAACAAGGAGAACCGCCUGCGAGACCGCUCCUUCUCUGAGACGGGCGAGAGGCUCCUCAACAAGUGCCUGGGCCCCGCCAGUCCCACCAGCGGCAGCAGCCAAGUGAAUUCCAGCCGUUACAAGACAGAGCUUUGCAGGCCCUUUGAGGAGAACGGUUCCUGCAAAUAUGGCGACAAGUGCCAGUUUGCUCAUGGAAUCCAUGAACUGCGCAGCCUGAGCCGCCAUCCUAAAUACAAAACUGAGCUGUGCCGCACCUUCCACACCAUCGGAUUCUGCCCAUACGGGCCACGCUGCCAUUUCAUCCACAACGCCGAGGAGCGCCGCGGACCUCCCCAGCAGUCCUCCCCUCUUAACUCUUCCAACAAGAUGGACAGGCCUCGACUGCAGCACAGCUACAGCUUUGCAGGCUUCUCCAGCUCAGCCGGGCUGAGAGACAGCCCCACCUCGGUCACCCCUCCACCCAUGUUCUUCCCUGAUGAGGUCCUCGACUGGCCCAGCAGUAACCCCUUCACCUACUCCAGCCAGGAGCUGGCCAGCCUGUUUGGGCCCAGCCUCAGUGGCGGUCCUGUAGGCACAGAGCCCAACACCCCUGCACCCCCCUCUCCAACAAGCACGCCCUACUAUUUCAGACCCAUGUCGGAGUCCCCUCAGAUGUUCGAGUCUCCACCCAGCCCUCCCGACUCUCUGUCAGACCAAGAGGGCUACCAGAGCAGCUCUGGAGGCAGCCUGAGUGGCUCCGAGUCCCCCACGCUGGACACCACCCGCCGCCUUCCCAUCUUCAGCCGCCUCUCCAUCUCUGACGAUUAGACUGCACGUAUCCACCAGUGACUUUAAGUUCGAUGACACAAAGAGAACACGGCACUCCCCUCUACCUCUGCCCUAUUCCGAAGCUUCCCCAUCUUCCCUCAACACACGACACCGUGCUAGUUCCUCGUUAACGUUGUAAGGAUGUAGUCAAUUAAGGGAACUCUCAACUUUAGAUUAUCAUUUCAUCCUUUUCUAUCCGCACAGCAAGUUUUAUAACGUACCCUGCCAUGUGUCAUAGUGCCAAAAAAAGGAGAGGAAAUUGAACAAUGAAAAAAAAAAUCACGAAAACAAGAAUUGACUGUUUUGCCAGGUGCCACUUGUUUUUUUUUUUUCUCUUUUCUUCUUCAUAUGUUCUUGAAUGUGUAGCAGCACAAGUGGCCUUGGAAAGGGGAGUGCAUUGCACUAGUCCCCAAACCCCCUUCCUCCCCCCUCCUCCCCCUCCUCCCCCCCCCCGACGAUACCACUUCCCCUGAGCUAGCUAGAGGGUGCUCACUAACGUAACUGUAGAUCUACCGCAGCCGUUUUUACAGACUGAGUUGAGAUAAAAGGAAAAAAAAUAAAGACCCUGAAAAGAUAUGAAUAGUUUUUAAAAAAAAAAAGAGAAAAAAAAAGUGCCUCGGGCGGUUUCUGCAUGUGUUUAGGGUGAAUGGACUACUGUUUGUUUUUUGGUUCUUUCUCAUUUGCCCCCCCUCCUCCUCCUCUCCACCCUCCUGUCACGGUUCUUCUCAAGCCCCGUCUUAUGUAAUUGUGGACUAGGCGAGUCUGCAGGAAGGACUUUGAACUGGAAGUUGGUUAUGUCCCCCCCCCCCAUCGCCCCCCUACCAACACCACCUCUCCUGAGUUUUCUCCUCCUGUUGCUGGUCACUGGCUCUUUUGGUUUUUUGGGAAAGGAAGUCUUGAUAUCAAACUGAUCAUUAAAACCUGUAGGACUUUGUCCCGCCUAUCUCAGCCCUGCCCCCCCCCCCCCCCACCCCCCCCCCCCCACACACACACACACAAAACCUCCUUCCUCUUCAUCGACGAUCUGGGGGAAUUCCAGCAUUCCCAUGGUGCAGUUGUACAUCCUGCGACUUGACAAGAUCGAAUCUCCAAGCUAUUUACUUUACUUCUUGUCCCCCCCACUUUAGAACCUGCUCCGAGGAGCACUCUGUACUCAUUACAUCCCUCUCUUUUUUUUUUUUUUUGCUUUCUUUAUUUGAUAAUUAUUUUUUAUUAAUGUUAUUAUUACGGUUAUUAUUGUUUGAAAAACUUUCCAGACAGAAGGUUUGCUUGUCACUGCUUAUUUAACUUAUCAGAACAUAUUUAUUGGUGAUCAUAUGCAUUUUUUGUUAAUUUUGUUUUGUAUUUAUCUGGAUAAUGAACAAUAGAAUAUAUUUUCUUUUAUGUUAAAUUAUGAUCUUCCAUAUUAAUCUAAAGAUUGUGAAGACGUUUUUGUCAGUUUUCCUUUUUUCACAGUUAAUAUAUUGUACUUCAAUGACUUUUUUGUUCUGCAACUACACUUUGUCAAAAUGAAACUUAAUUUAAAGCAAAAAAAAAUGCAAAAAAAGAAUGUUUUGCGUUUUGAUUAUUUAUUGUACUUUUUUUUUUCUUACUCCCUCUUAUUGGACUGCAAUUCCAUCUAAACUUUAGAUUUGCUUGUUAUUCAUUUCCCCCCUUUUCACAUUUUUACAAUACUUUGACAGUAACAGUAGCUAACUGUUAUGACAUUUAUGAUUCAACUCUUGGGUUGAUGGUGGAAGUUAAAAGGGGUGCUAAAAGACGUCUCACAUCACUGGUUCAGGAGUCUUCACGUUAGACUGGUUGUGAUGAAAUGUUGGUAAUGUUCUUGCCCAGUCUGUUUUACAAGCAAUAGCUGUGACCAAAUGGGUUGAGGAAAGUUACUUUGUUUUCCUUUUUGUUUAUUUUAAUUUGGAUGCGUGAUGCACUUGCUUGGCCCCCUUCUUCAUUGGAAGUGCCUCAUUUAAUACAUUCCAGGUAGCUAAGGCUCUCUCUGCCUUUUAUAUUUGAUAAUGGAGGACAAUUAAUUUUUAUAGUCACGUGUUUCUGUGUUGCCUUCACGUGUUCUUUGGAAGAGGUGAGCAGAUUAUGACACAAAGAAAGUAAAAAAACAGUUGAAUGUAUUUUUUCAGCCAUUUUUUUUUCACUACAGUAAUUUCUGUGAGUUUAUAUGAAAACCUGUUUUUGUUUUGUUUUUUUCCCUCUUUUGUAAGUAUUGCAGUUAAGUCAAUAAACCCCGUAUUUUUGGAAAAGUGAAA